AUGACUUUCCUGAAGCCGACCAGAACUGACAGCGGCCGAUCCAGCUCUCAAGAAAUUCACGAGCAACAUAAUCUGACAUUGUCACGCACACCUCGACCAUACCAUCUGAGGGGUGACAGCCUUUCGACAACCCAGUCAUGGUCGGGCGCCGGUGGCUCGACUUCAGUCGCCGAUGGAUUUGUUCCAUCACCUCGUCCAAGCCGGUCGGAGUCCAGUGACAGCGGGACGGAGGCAGAUGAUGAGAAAGGCCCUUUCCUAAAGGGCCUUCCUGCGCCCGCACUGCGUCUGCACAAGGGCCUGCGAGGAAGCACGCCAGCUAAUCUCACACCCGCCGCAAGCCCGCCGUCUACACCUCCAGCCUUCGUGGACGGGGAAGAACUUCGAUUCUUUGAGCCACCAGAGAAACGUGAAAAGAAAUUACAGGCACCGAGAAGCCAGGUGAAGGACUAUCAAACAUACAAGGACCGGAAACGGCGCGAGAUCGUCCGAAGAUGUACAGAGACCAGCUUACUCUGUGGCAUCGGCGUCAUCGUGUGGAAUAACAGAAAAGGCUCGACAGGUCUUCAAGACUGGCUGAAUGAGAUCGCUGCUUUUCUUGUUAUUCCCCCUCUCGUAUACCUGGUGUACCCUCUCCGGCUCACCUUUCUUGCGCUGGGAUCAGGCAAGACCUUAACCCAGGCACUACGACUGGGAUUCCAUAUUCCAUCCCGGUUUGACCCAGGGCCUCUUUUGUACCCUGUAUUGCUACCAUCGAUGGUUGCCGUAUCACUGUUUCACCACAGCGCUUCUUUUCUCCCCGCCACCAUUGUUUGUGGUCUUUCCUCCAUGCCACGAUUAGUCACGACAACACAAUUCCCUGCGAUUGGGGAGUAUCUGCACUGGGUAUUUUCAGUUUUACCUCUCCACGCCUCGAAUCACCAAGUGUUUACUCCCUCGGUCUUUAAGCCACUUUCGUUAAAGAUUGGUCCGUCGCUGACGCGGGAAGACCUGGUUCUGCUGUUUCCACUGCACCACGUGCUGAUGUCGGUACUUGGCUAUCUCACCACAUCCAGCCUGGAGACCUCGGAACUACAGCUACUUUCGUCAGCGCUGGUUAGCCUCUAUCUCUUUGCAGGGACACCGCAAGCUGAAAUCCUGAAGGCGACGAUAUGGCUCGGGGGCUUAUGCAUAUUCAUCACUUGCAAGCAUGUGCUAAUGUGGGAAGUUGCGCUGGCAAGGGUGCCAACCUGGAGGCUUCUGAAAAUAAGACGGAAUCGAGGCCUUAUCUCCCAGAUUGAUCAAGCUAUAUGCACCUUUCUCGUCAGGGGUGCGUUCCGUCACGUUGGCCGUGAAGACUCCGACUCUGAUGACGACGUUCAGCCUAUGAAGAGCAUCAGGAAACUGCGUCCUCGACUGAAGCUGCAACUCAACGGAAGAGCUCUUUCUGCCAUGGGGCCUGUUGAAGAAGCGAAGUCGGCGCUUGAAGCGACAGCGACAAACGCUAUGUCACUGGAUACAGCGACGAUAGCACCGCCCCUCCGCAGGAAUACUUUCGCAGCUUUCGAUCACGGCAACAGCAAACAAGACUCCGUCACUAUGAAGAAGGCGAAGGCAGUCCCUAGUGGUCCUUCUGCGCCGUUCUUGGCAUUCAGUCUGGAACAAGUUCGGGUUCGAAAGUACGUGUAUGCGGCGGCUGCUUACUUCUUUGUUGCUGCCACAAUCCUGGGUCCCGUUCGGCUCUACGUGGCAACACGAGCAUUGUCCAACCAGGAGCCGAUCGGGUGGGCACUCGGCUACUUGCUUGGGAAUCUACCCACAGUCCGUUUCUGGGUCGUCAGCAACAACCUAGAGCGCUGGAUCAGCCUUCCAGCUCGGCAGAGGGAGCCGGCUGUGGCCUUCCAAAACGGCCUCGUUGAGCACCUCCGACAAAACGCCCUCGGACCUGCUACUACGCGCCUUGCCAUAUGCGCAUACUGCCUAGUUGUUCUGGGCACUGGUAUCGCGGCUGUCCUGCGACUCACAUCUGUGGUCGAGGUUGACACCAGACGCAAGGUCUUUCAUGGCAUCAUGGUGGCCAUGCUGCUUCCCACGAUAUACGUGGAUCCGUGUUUUAUUGCUUUGGCUCUCAGCUUGAUCCUGGCGAUAUUCCUACUGCUCGACCUGUUCCGGGCGUCACAACUGCCACCAAUCUCGAAACCUUUGACUGUCUUUUUGGCUCCAUAUGUUGAUGGACGAGAUCAUCGAGGUCCAGUCAUUGUGUCACACAUCUUCUUGUUGAUUGGGUGCGCCAUCCCCUUGUGGCUUUCGCUUGCUGCUGCGCCGCGCGUUGGUGAUGCGCCGUGGAAUGGCUGGGAUACCCCAGUGCGAGACUUGAGCAUGGUCAGUGGCGUCAUUUGUGUGGGCAUGGGCGAUGCUGCGGCAAGCCUCAUCGGCCGGCGUUAUGGGAAGACAAAAUGGUACUGGGUGGGUGGGAAAAGCUUGGAAGGAAGCCUCGCAUUUGCCAUGGCGGUCACGUGCGGUCUACUAACGAGCUGGGCUUGGCUUAGACUCGGGGGAUGGAUGUCAUGGCAUGAUGGAAAAGCGCUCGGGUCAGUCCUGGGGAAAUGCCUGGUAGCAGGGACCGGAGCGAGUCUUUUGGAGAGUACCUUGACUGCGGCAAACGACAACGUGGUGGUUCCAGUAGGACUGUGGUUGUUGGUACGGGGAUUGGAUAUCUGA